GGGAUGUAAGAGGCUCCAAGAGGUAGCCGACACAUCUCGUCAUAUCGAAGUGUCUGGAGGUUGGGAGAACCGAGUGGGAAAGACCCAUCCUCACCCCUCACCCUGUAGAGACUGGGGACACUAGAAGGGACAUUUUCUGAGCAGGAAACCCAAGAGACAGGGUUUUAUGCUGUUAUCCAAGUUGGAGUGCAGUGGUGUGAUCAUAGCUCAUUGCAGCCUCAAACUUCCGGGUUCAAGCGAUCCUCUUGCUUUAGCCUCUUGAGUAGCUAGGACUACAGGCACGGGCCACUAUGCCUGGCUAAUUUUUAAUUUUUUAAAAAGAGAUAGGAUCUGGCUAUGUUGCCCAGGCUGGCCAUGAACUCCUGGGGUCAAGCAGUCCUCCAAACUUCACUUCUCAAACUGUUGGGAUUGCAGGCAUGAGCCACUGCGUCUGGCCCACAGAUGCUAAGUGUUGUCUGCUCUUCUCCAGGGGUCAGCAAAUUUUUUUCAGCAAAUGGCCCGAGAGUAAAUAUUUGGAGCUUUGUGGCCCAUACAAUCUGUCCCAACAACUCAGCUUAGGCAUUGUAGCUUGAAAGCAGCUGUAGACAAUAGGUAAUGAAUGAGUGUGGCUGUGUGCCAAUAAAACUUUAUUUACAAAAACAAGCAGUAGGCUGAAUUUGAAUUUGACUAGCAGACCAUAGUUUCUCAAUAUCGUACUAUGGCUUGUAAGGAAGAGAAAAGAACCGGACAAAACCCUAGCCUCUGGAGUUUUCCUGACUGUUCAGAUCUUAGCUGAAUGAUCUCUCUUGGUAUCCACAGGCAACUUCCUGCUGUGGUUUAGGGACUGGAAACAUAAUAUCCCAGAGGAGAGGGAAGGAUUGUACAUUCCCUAUGUAGUCUGUGGUUCACUCCUUGUGAUUUUUUUUUUUUUUUUUUUUUUUCACAGCAAGGUGAGAAGCAGCAUUGUGGUUUCAGGAGAUGGAUCCAUUUGGAGCAGGAUCCUAAGUGGGGCUUGGCAUUCGGUAUUUGGAUUAGAUCUAGAGGACACAGGGUCUGGAAAACCAGGGCAGAUGUCCCAUCCCUUGGAUAUGGUGGGGAGUGGGGGAGGGCAAUGAAGAUCUCAGAAAAACCAGUGGUAGCAAAACAAAAAGCCAGGCAUCUACGUACUGGUAAAACAGAGACCUCCAAGAAACUCUCAGCUGGACCUGGUUGAAUUCAGAUAGACCAUGAGCAGCCAUGGCAACAGCCUGUUCCUGCGGGAGAGCGGCCAGCGGCUGGGCCGGGUGGGCUGGCUGCAGCGGCUGCAGGAAAGCCUGCAGCAGCGAGCACUGCGCACCCGCCUGCGCCUGCAGACCAUGACUCGCGAGCACGUGCUGCGCUUCCUGGGCCGAAACGCCUUCAUCCUGCUGACGGUCAGCGCCGUGGUCAUCGGAGUCAGCCUGGCCUUUGCCCUGCGCCCAUAUCAGCUCACCUACCGCCAGAUCAAGUACUUCUCUUUUCCCGGAGAGCUUCUCAUGAGGAUGCUGCAGAUGCUGGUGUUACCUCUCAUUGUCUCCAGCCUGGUCACAGGUAUGGCAUCCCUGGACAACAAGGCCACGGGGCGGAUGGGGAUGCGAGCAGCUGUGUACUACAUGGUGACCACUAUCAUCGCGGUCUUCAUCGGCAUCCUCAUGGUCACCAUCAUCCAUCCCGGGAAGGGCUCCAAGGAGGGGCUGCACCGGGAGGGCCGGAUCGAGACCAUCCCCACAGCUGAUGCCUUCAUGGAUCUGAUCAGAAAUAUGUUUCCACCAAACCUUGUGGAGGCCUGCUUCAAACAGUUCAAGACGCAGUACAGCACGAGGGUGGUAACCAGGACCAUCGUGAGGACAGAGAACGGGUCUGAGCUGGGUGCCUCCAUGCCUCCUCCAUUCUCAGUGGAUAACGGAACCAGCCUCCUGGAAAAUGUCACUCGGGCCUUGGGCACCCUGCAGGAGGUGCUGAGCUUUGAGGAGACUGUACCCGUGCCUGGCUCCGCCAAUGGCAUCAACGCCCUGGGCCUCGUGGUCUUCUCUGUGGCCUUUGGGCUGGUCAUUGGUGGCAUGAAACACAAGGGCCGAGUCCUCAGGGACUUCUUCGACAGCCUCAAUGAGGCUAUUAUGAGGCUGGUGGGCAUCAUUAUCUGGUGAGUCCUGGUCCGUGCCCAUGGGAAGAUGGAGCCAGUGCUGGGAAGUCAGGCUAUGGGGAAGCUGCUGAAGGCUUGCUGGGGACUUUUGGUCGUUCAUUUACGUAUUGGGUAAUUUAUUUACCCACUCACCAACUCAUUCACUCAUGUCUUUCUGCAAUGAUUUCGUCAUUGGUUCACUUCCUUGUUCAUCUGUUCAUUCAUUAAUUCUUCUAUGCAUUGGUUAGUUUCAUGGAAUAUCUCACUCUUUCAUUCAUUCGUGUCCUUCUGCAAUGAUUCAUUCACACAUUCACUCCUUUGUUCAUCUGUUCAUUCACUCAUUCUUCUACGCAUUGACGAAAUCACUCAUUCAGUGAUUUAUUCAUCUACACUCAUUCUUCCAUGCAUUGAUUUACUCAUUUCCUCAUUCAUUUGUUGAUUCUUCUACGCAUUGGUUAAAUCACUGGCCAACUCACUAACUCAUUCAUUCAUUCACACUUUUCUGCAAUGAUUUGUUCACUUGUUCACUCCCUUGCUCCCAUCCUUCAAUGCCUUGACCAAACCAUUCACUGACAUUUAUUUAUCUACAUUUAUUAUUUCAUGCAUUGGUUUCUGGAUUUAUUUGGUCAUUCAUUUAUUUUUAAAAAUUAAUGUAUUUUUAAUUGACAAAUAAAAACUGUAUAUAUUUUCAUGUGCAACAUAA